AUUGAUAUGCUCAUAAGUCAGUGGUCAAACUAGCUCACUAGUCACGCUGUGGAGCAACUCAUCAAUUCAAAACAUAUCAGCUCACAAAUUGAUAUCAACAAGCCACUAAAUCAAAUUAGGUAGUGACUCGUGAGUGAACAAAACUUAGCUUAACUUCAACUAUUCAAUAAAGAAUAAACCAGUUACGCAACCGACUAAAUUUUGUCAAACUGAUGUUGGUCCACAAGAUCUUGGCUUCCAGGGGUACGAGUUUACCUAGGAGAACAACAGAGAAGAAGGUGGGUUGAUCGAGGAAUGGCUAGACCGAUUCUUAACAUUGGUAAAAUGGCAGGCAAUGUUCUCAGAAGCUUGAGCUCGACAUUUGGACAUAAGGAAGUCCAAUCAACAAUUGAUUUUCUGUGAUACUCAAGGAGAAGAAGACGAGGAACCGCAGUGGGGAUAGAGUUUUAGAUUCGAUCUCCUUUGGACUAACCAUGUUGACUGUGCAGGUGUCAUAAAAGAUGCGUAGACCAGUGGAGGAGGGACGGAUGCACUAUAAAAAAUUGAGAGUUGUCGUGCGAGGCUUGAGAUGUGGAGCAGAUAGGCUUUCCCUAAUUUCAAAAGGCGAAGAACAAGCCCUAAAGGCUUUGGAGAGAGUUCAAAAGACAGAGGUAGUGUUGAUGCAAAAAAAGUCCCUGGAGUCCGAGCUAGAGGAACUGGAAGAAGAGGAAGAACAAUACUAGAAGCAGCGGUCGAGAGCAGAUUGGCUGAAGGGUGGCGAUAAGAACACUAAAGUUUUUCCUCCCAAGGCCACUGGUCGUAGGAGGAGGAACCCUAGUCGGAAGCUACGAGAUCAAGCAGGGAGGUGGUACCUAGGAACGGAUCAGGCCACAGAAUGUCUUCACCAUUAUUUUGAUUGUCUAUUUACUGCAGGUGCAACACCUGUGGCCACACUUGUCCUGGAUUCCAUACGUAGGUCGGUGGGGGAGGUAGAUAACGAGGAGUUGCUCUAAUCGAUGACCCGAGAGGAAGUAUGGGCAAUAGUCAAACAAAUGGGGACGGGAAAGGCACCUGGUGCUGAUGGUUUAUCAAUGUUCUUCAGGAAAUAUUGGGAGAUAGUAGCGGAGGAUGUGCGGGAAACUGUCCGAGGUAUUGUUGAUCAUGAGACGAUUUCGAGUGGGCUGAACCAUACGGUAGUUGCUCUUAUUCCAAAAGUGAAGCAGCCGACCUCGCCAAUGGAGUUCAUACCUAUUAGUUUGUGCAACAUCCUAUACAAGAUGACAUCCGAAGUACUUACAAACCGGUUGAAGGUGAUUCUUGACAAGAUCAUCUUUCCGACGCAGAGUGCUUUUGUUGCUGGUUGAUUUAUCACAGAUAAUGUGAUGGCAGAGUUUGAGUGUUUUCACACGAUGAAGAAAAGACAAAAAGGGAAGAUUGGUCACUUUGCAGCUAAGUUCGAUAUGGCGAAGGCAUAUGAUCGAGUGGAGUGGGGGUUUUGGAGGGGGUUAUGCGGAGGAUGGGUUUCGAUGAAGAAUGGAUACGGAAGAUCAUGGUAUGUGUACGGUCUGUUACUUACUCUAUCCUGAUGAACGGACAUCAAUCUAGUUUUAUUUCUCCGGGACGAGGGAUUAGACAGGGAGCCCCUAUCUCUUUCUUUUGUGUGCGGAGGGUUGCCAGCAUAUACUGAGAAAGCAGUUCAGGAAAAAGGGUUACAUGGGUUCCAUCCUAAUGCAGGAGCUCCGAUUAUCUUCCAUAUGUUUUUCGUGGAUGACAUCAUCUUUUUUUGCUAGAUCAAGUCAACAGGAAUGUGCAGUUCUUAAUGGGAUUCUGACAGAUUAUGAAAGGGAGUCGGGGCAGCUGGUAAGCUUUCAGAAAUCAGAAGUCUCUUUUAGUAAGAAUUUGUCCCCGCAUGCCAAGGUGAUCAUUGGAGGUACCCUGGGUAUGAACAUUGUAGAGAACAUGAGAAAUAUAUGGGACUGGCGACUACUGCGGGGUAGUCAAAGAAGGAACUGUUCACUGCAUAGUUAGACCGAGUUUGGAAGAAGCUAGAAGGCUGGAAGGAGAGAGUGAUGCCCGUGGCUGCUCAAGAAGUUCUUAUUAAGUCUGUGGCUCAAGCUCAAUUGUCCUAUUCUUCGGUUUUUAAAAUUCCGGAUGAUAUUUUAGAGCAAGUACACAGCUUAAUGACCACGUUGUAGUGGGGACAGAAGGGGUCUGAACGACGGGUUCACUGGAUAAGAAGGGAGGAAUUAGUGUGCCCAAUUGGAGGGAGGGAUGAGAUUUCGAGAUAUGAAGGGAUUUAAUUUGGAGCUGCUGGCUAAACAGCCGUGGAAUCUCUAUCAACGCCCCAAGUCACUGAUUGCAAAGAUUUUAAGGGCAAAAUAUCAUAAAAAGUCAUCCAUUCUUGAUGGGAAUAUGGGUCAUAACCCUAGUUUUGUAUGGCAAAGCUUAUAUGCGGCGCAAGAUUUUUUAAACAAGGGUUUACGGUGGAGGAUUGGUAAUUGAGACUUGGUCUGGAUUUGGGGAGAUAGGUGGAUUCCGAACCAGGGAGCCUAGUAUGUCACGUCGUCACCACUGGGACUGCUAGUGGAUGCAAGGUCAGCGAUCUUAUGGAUCCAGUUACAGAACGCUGGGACUUGUCUACUCUCGGGAGCUGCUUCCCGUCAAAUUUGGUUAAGGCAAUUUUUCAGAUCCCCUUGCGUGGUCUUCAUGAUAGGGAUAGACUCAUCUGGUGCUCCAGCAAAGAUGAGAAUUAUAUGGUGAAAUAAGAAUAUCGGGUACAA